AAAUGAGACACUUGUUUCAUUAGAUCAGUUUCCCUCUUCAACUCUUUGUUCUAAAAGGUUUAAUCUUAGAUCAAGUGAUUCCAAACCCAAAAGCUAUGGACUUUCAUUUCCAUAGUUGUCUGAAAGUGGUGAUCUUCUUGUUUUUCUUGACCGGCACUGGUUCUUGUGUAGAUAAGCAUUCAUCAACAACUGAGGUGGCAGAUUGCGACUCCAGUUAUGAUCCCACUCGUGAUGGCACUUCUUUUUGUUCCCAGAGAUAUAUUAUGAAAUCUUACUUUGAAAAGUAUGAGUGCUUAGAUGAUACUAAUUUCCAAGAGUUCAUAUCACAUGGACUUCCUUUUGGCUUGUGUGACCUGCUUCAAAGCACCAGUCUUCUAAGAUUGUCAGUUCCACAGCACCUUCUGAUUGGCGAGGGUUCUCAUCGGCAUCUAUCUUCUUCAAUCAAGUUUCAUAUCGAACCAGAGUCUAUAUCUCGGCUGCCAUUGCAUUUUUGUGAGGUCCUGAUCGUAGAAAGGCUCCCUUCUGGAGUAUUUGCUGACCCAUUUGAGCUCCAACAUCUUCUCGAGCAGGGUGUGCUUAACAAUGUUGCUGUUUUUGGAGAUACAAAUUUAGAAUUGCCAUCGGUUCUUUCAAACCGGUCCGCCAUCGAAGUUCACAUGAAUCUUGGCCCUAAUAUGUUGUUAGGGCACAAGAAGGAACUAGAUGUUAGCAUAGAGCUACAUGCAAGAUAUCCGCCACUAGAUGAAAGCGGGUAUUCGACAGUCAAGUUUGGCACACCUGAUAUAAUCCUGCACUGCAGUAUAGAAGGGAAGUCGCGUAAUCAGAGAUGCUUAUUUAUACCAACCAUUGAUGCAGCUGAUAGCAACACUGAACCAGUUUUUUGGAGAAUACCUUCAGGAAGAACAGCACACGCGAGGAUUGUAUUUGUUCUUACUUUCAUUUCAGCCUCCCUAUCGACUCUUUUAAUUGUUUUGACAUCUAUAUAUCAUUCAAACACCAGAAAUUCGAUAAAUGCCUCUCUCGAGGUUUUAUGACUUUUAUGUUUAACCUUAUUUAAGCAUCAUAGGGACGUAUGUCGUACAAGUGAUGUUUCUUUGAUUUAUCUUAUAGUUGG